AUGGACGUCCACUUGCAUGCGCGAUUUGUUAACCUGCACAUUGUGGGUUCUGCGAAGCGACUUUCCCAACAGGAACUCGUGGCUGCCCAAGCCCACGCGGAGCAUCGUUACCAGGAGGCCCAGUUUCUUCUCUACCACUGGACUGGUUGGUUAAAUCGUGUGGAGACAGAACAGUGUCGCGUCCUCCUCAUGUUUAAGGAAGCAGCUCGAACUCUGAGGUCGAAGGUAGCUGCUGAAGAGGGUUUGGGUGUGGGCAUGUUUUCCACCAAUCCCUGGAGCACAAACCACCUUGACGCCUCCGGUAUGAACGCCAAUCAUUUUAAAAAUGGUUCCUCGGUGGAUGAAGCCUACGUGCCUAGGCAUUGUCGACUGUCAAAUGCGGAGCGGGAGGCUGAGCUGAAGGAACUGCGAUACCUGGAGCCCCCUCACUGCCCAAUCGAUGUGAUUACUCCCCAGAUUUUUAAAGGGUACAAUGCUUCCUCGUACUUUUCAGAGGUUGUUGCCCAGUCACGUGGCUGGCUCUCAGCCAUUCAAGACUGGGUCAGCGUAUUCCUGACUUGUCUCUUUGCUUUUGUUUCCACCAUCAUCCUCUGGAACGCUCUAGGCUCUGUCGUUUGGUUCUUCUCACUCAGGUUCAACCUCAUCAGCCGAAAGGUCUUCUACGAGUCCGAUGUCGCGAGUUGGAGGACCCCCAGUGCCGCAGAGUCCCUGUAA